CAAUGAUUUACCGUGUUUUGACAGUUAAUACGUCAAAAGAUUGUCAUUCCCGUAAAACAUUAAAAUCUUAUCAAAAUCACGCCGCGUUUUUAAGUAACACAACUAAAAACUAAAAAAUUAAUAAAGAAUAUUAAGAUGUCAUCACGCGUGUUGAGAAAAUUACAAGGUGAUAAAGAACUGACGGAUGAAGUGUCCGAUAAUGAAGCGGAACUGCCUGUAUCCGGCGGUGCAAGAAAGAAGUUAAAUAUCAACAGAUACGACUUGUUAAAUCAACAAUCUCAUUCUGAGAGUGAAGUAAAAGAAGAUGAUAAUGAAACCGAGGCUAAUAAAUCUUGUGAAGGAGAUAAUAAUCACGAAUCGGUGAAGAGGAAGAAGAAGAAAAAGAAGAAAAAAGGAAAAAAUGUUAAUGCUCAAAGGAGUAGUGAAGAUAAUGCUGAAGUGGAUGAAGUUGAAAAAUCAGUACGAGAGGUAAACAAACUUCUUGGAGAAAAUUACGUUUCAAAGCCGAUGGCUUCUAUUUCGAAACAAGAAAGGAAUAUUCAGCUUAAAAAAUGCAUUUUAAGUAUUCAACAUAAACAUUUAAAUCCCAAUAAUGAAUUAAAACGAAUUUUUGGAUCAAAAAUAAUACAAACUGAACAUAAGCGAAAAAAUCGUGGUACUGGUAGAGGUCAUGUUAAAAUGACUUGGCUUGUUUCCGGUAAGGAUACUUGGCCCCAGGUUGGAAAAACCGGUCUUUCAAUGAUGAAACAAGACAACUCCCCAGAACAUAAGUCAGGGUUACAGUAUUUUACUUAUGAACACAAUCAGAGCUAUAGACAGGUUCAAAAUCGUUUUUUAGAAGCCGUUGAAAGUUUAAAUCCUGAUAAUAUCGUUGCAAUAAUAAACGAGCAUCCCUAUCAUGUUGAUACACUCAUUCAAUUAUCAGAUUUGUGUAGAAUAGCUGAGGACCUUGCCAUUGCAGCUGAGUUUAUUGAAAGAGCUCUUUAUUGUCUUGAAUGCGCAUUUCAUCCAUUGUUUAAUAUUGCUCAAGGUAAUUGUAGAUUGGAUUAUAGAAGACAAGUUAAUAGGUUGGUUAUUAAUUUUGUAUAUUUAAGAUUAUUUUUAUACAAGUUGUUUAAUGUAACUGGUUUGUUAGAACUUUUUAGGUUUCACUAUUUGUAUAGUUUUGAAAUUCUGGUUGUUCAUUCGGAACUUUUGAUCUAAAAUAUUUUCAAGAUGGCUACC